UCCAAGGUUAUUUUAUUUUACGCGUAAGCGAAUUUUCAUAAAAGUACUAAACACUAUGAAUUUCAACAUUUCUCUUCUCAUCGUCUCUAUAUACGUGUUUACGGCAGCGUGGAGCUUGGGAUUAAGUGAAAGCGAUAUCCACAAAAUCGUUCAGUUAGUUGAAGAUUACAGAGCACAAAAUGAUGAUAAUAUCAGAAUCACAAUGUUGGAGUAUGGGUUGAUAGAUAACGACAAUAAUAGAAAAUUUUAUAAUAAUGAUAAUGACUGCGUUUACAAAUUCGAUGGUGUAGCUAUGAUCGAUGAUAAAAGUUUACCGGAUCUAUUGAUAUAUUUGAGCAAUCUGGAAAAGUUAUCUGACGAUUGGAAGGGAAGAACUUUGACUACUUACGAAGUAGAAAUUUUCUUGAAAAUUUUCCAAAAAAAAGAACAAGAAGGUGUAAAAGACGGGCUUAUUACCCAUGCUGAAUUAGUGAGCCUAAUUGAUGACGAUUUAAUCCUAGACCCUGAAUUUGAGGAAAACAUAAAAAAAGAAUUUAAUGAUGGAGAUUCAGUUAACGCUCUAAUGUUCUUGGCGACAAUAUUAAAGCAUAAACCGAAUGGUAAAGGUCUUGACAUAAUACAGCUAAGAAAAUGCUCCGCUUUGUAUAAAUCUUUUUAUGUUAACUUUCCGAUUGAAAGCCGAAUAGACUUAUUUCUAGCGUUACAAAUCAUUUCCGACAAUUAUGUUGGGUUACUGUUCGAGUUGAAUCACGUCCUUCCGAUCAGUAAUAAGGUAUAA